AUGGCACUAACAGAGCUUGGGGGUACCUUUCAGCGUCUGAAGACUGGAGGUCUCGACAGGUCUGUGCUGCGUACAAACCGACUUGCGAGAUUGAUUUUGCACGAGUAUCUCAAAAAUAGUGCUUCUGUUCUGAUGCUUGUGGCCAACCUCGACCCUUACGCUGAUGAGGCUACCACAAUGCAGACCAUACGCUAUGCAAACCCGGCGCGCGGAGCUCCAGUUCCGGCCAGAUCUGCCAAGUCUGUCCAACGCGUGACUUCUUUGAAGCACUCUCAUGUCCCUGCGAGACAAUCACUUGCGCCCGCGAGAUCGGUUUCAAACCCAGAGAGACAGAAUCCCAUCACCCAGCUGAAGAUACAGGUGAGAGAGUUAGAGGAGAAGCUUGAGGAAGCUGAUAAGAAUGCUCAAGAUAUGGCCACACAUAAUCAGAAGCUAACUCGGGCAAUCGACGAGAUGGUGAUUGAGAAGCAGGAGCUGAUUGAUAGGAUUGCGGAGUUGACUAACAUUAAUGGGAACUCGGAAUCUAUAAUCGCCGAACUGAAGUCAGAGAUUACCAAGAUGGAGACAGAUCAUAAGACUGCUCUGAACCAGCAAGAAGCCAGGCUAGCAGCGAGAAUCGCCGAGCUAGAAUCGGAAGACACCAGUAUUGCCAUUUCUCCUGCAAAAGCGAGACGUGCCCGUGCGUUGACACCCCUUACUGUUGAGUCUUCCAAGGAGAAUAUCAACACUGAAGACGUGAGAUUGUCUCCGCUUGGAAAGGCCAAGGCUUCGCUUUCUCCUGUCAAAAGAUCCCCUCAGAAGAAAUCUCCCACAAAAUUAUCAUCCCCUUCGAAGAGAUCUCCAUCAAAGCAUGCCCCUGCUUCGAAGUCCAAGACUGACCUGGGGGCUGAGCCAGUUGCAGAGCCGGUUGCUGAGCCUGUACAUAUUUCAUUGGAGGCAGAAACAAUCCAGGAGAUUCCGCAGAGCCCAAGAAGGAUGACCCGCUCGCGGUCUAUGUCGCCUGUAAAGGCCGUGGAGUCUCCUGAUAGGCCAAAAAGGUCACUUUCGCCUACCAAAAGCAGCCCAACCAAGCGCACAAUAAAGCUGAGAAAGAUGGAUAUUCCAUUGUUUGCUGAUGAUGAAGAAAAUGAGAUAUACUAG